AUGUUGCGCAGGAACGUUAGGUUAAGAAAAGAGUAUCUCUACAGGAAAAACUUGGAAGGUGAUGAGCGUAAGCUCUAUGAAAAGAAGCGCAAAAUAAGUGAAGCCCUCCAAGGUUCGACUGAUUCGUUAACACCAUCUUGUUUCCUGGUAACAAGACAUGAAAUUCAAAUCAAGAAAGAAAUGAGAAACAUGUCUGAGCAAUAUCCUCAUCUCAACUUUGAACACUUUACAACCCAGAUGGGUAAAAGAGUUAUGAACAUCUUAAAACACAUCUUCCCAGUUCCUAAACUCGAUUCAAAGCGCAUGGUUACUUUUUCUAAUGAAUCUGAUUACAUUUCACUCAGGAAUCAUGUGUAUGACAAAGGAGGAGGCCCAAAAUCGAUUGAGCUAAAAGAAAUUGGUCCUCGGUUUGAGUUGCGGCUCUACCAGGGCAUCCAAAAAUAUUGGACCGGCACUGCGAGUAAGGCUGAGCAUAGUUUGAUAGUUUGCUUGGAGACCUUACAAUCUCCAUAG